AACGGAGGUCACAGUUCCACGUUGCUUAAUUUUGCCUAUUUUUCUCUUUCUUACCAGCGGUGACAUAAAUGAAGACACACUGGAGACGGAAAACGCUGCCGCCGCGGCCGCCGCUGCCUUUACAGCAUCUACACACCUGAAGGAAGCGGUCUUAGUGAAGAUGGCUGAAGAUGAGGACACUUUGGAGGCAGAGAUUGUGUACCCCAUCACCUGCGGAGACAGCAAAGCCAACCUCAUCUGGAGGAAAUUUGUCUGCCCUGGGAUCAAUGUGAAGUGUGUGCAGUUCAACGAUCGCCUCAUUAGUCCCAAGGAGUUUGUCCACUUGGCGGGCAAGUCGACCCUGAAGGACUGGAAGCGGGCAAUCCGUAUGAACGGGAUCAUGCUCCGGAAGAUCAUGGACUCGGGGGAGCUGGAUUUCUACCAGCACACUAAGGUCUGCUCCAACACGUGCCGGAGCACCAAAAUCGACCUGACUGGAGCCAGGGUGUCUUUGACCAGCCAGACCUCAACAGAGUACAUUCCUCUCACUCCCGCUUCUGCAGAUGUCAACGGGUCCCCAGCUACGAUUACCAUAGAAACGUGCGAGGAUGCCAGCGAUUGGACCACCAGCAUCGGAGACGACACGUUUGCCUUCUGGCAAGGCCUGAAGGACGUGGGUCUUCUGGACGACAUUAUCCAUGAGUUCCACCAGGAGCUGGUGGAGACCAUGAAGGGCUUGCAGCAGCGAGUGCAGGAUCCCCCGCUGCAGCUCGGUGAUGCCGUCUUGCUCAACAACGUCGUGCAGAACUUCGGCAUGCUGGAUCUGGUCAAGAAGGUCCUGGCCAGCCACAAGUGCCAGAUGGAUCGCUCGAGGGAGCAGUACACGCGGGAUUUGGCAGCUUUGGAGCAGCAGUGCGAUGAGCACCGCAAGCGGGCGAAGGAGCUGAAGCACAAAUCGCAGCACCUCAACAACGUGCUGAUGACUCUCACUCCCGUCUCCGUCCCCACGCCUUUAAAACGCCCCCGGCUCACCAGGGCCACCUCCGGACCAGCUGCCAUCACCUCUCAGGUCCUGUCCCAGCCAGCGCAGAUCGCCGUCGCCCCGGCCGUGCCCGUGUCCCAGCUCGCCAGCCUGCCUCUCGGCAAAGUGGUCUCCACCCUCACGCCCUCGGUGCUGGGGAAGAGCCCGUCCCAGCCGCCCGCCGCCAGCUCCCCGGCCUCCCCCCUGCUGGGCGGCUACACCGUGCUGGCCUCUGCCGGCGCCUCCUUCCCCAGCGCGGUGGAAAUCCACCCGGACGCUCCCAACCUGACGGUGCUGAGCACGGCGGCGGCUCAGGACGGCAGCACGGUGGUGAAGGUGGUGAGCCCCUUCCAACUGCUCACGCUGCCGGGGCUCGGCACCGCCAUCCAGAACGUGACGCACGUGGCCACCGCCGGCGGCAGCGCGGUGCUGACCGUGCCGCCCGAGGGCCCCGUGGCCGAGCACGCCGCUGCCACCAUCGAGGUGACGGCGCUGGCCGACGAGGCGGAGCAGAAGUGAAAGGGGGACCUGGCCUGGAGGGACGUUCGUCGCGGCGCUCUGGGUGGAACUGCCUUUUCUCUGUCUGCGCUGCAGGGAGAGGAGCGGGGUAACGAGCGGCACGGGGUAACGAGACUCAGAGCGGCUGGAGCUGGGAACGAGGAGGUGCAGGUCAGACAGGGGGAGGAAGGAUGCCCAAAGAAGGGAGGCAAAAUGCUCUGCCCUGUUCGGAGGAAAGGAGGGGGGAAAAAAAAGGCUUAAGUUUUUAUAAAGCUUUCCUCCCUGCUCUCUUGGAAUAGUUAUUCCACGCUUGUCAGCCCGGCCGCGGCUGGAGCAGCUGUGUCGGAGGAGCAGGGGCGCAGGGCGAAGAGGCGAAGGUGGUAGGAGGAAGAUGAAGGAAACACAAAAGUGCUGAGCAGGCCCAGAUCUGGCUGCUGAGGGCCUGGCGGGAAGUGAUGGGAUGAGCAGGGAGCCGGCUGCUUUCCCUGUCCCACCCCUGUGGGACGGGAACACGGGUGGGUUUGUCCGUGGGUCACCUGCAGCCGUGAGUUCAGACCGGGGCCACCCUCAGUGUGUGGCUGUGGGCCCCAGCCAGACCCCGGCUUCUGCAGGGGACACGGGGUGCUGGUGCCGUGAACAACCGUGCGGCCACAGCGGGCUUCCCAGGGCCUGAGAGGGGAGGGACCUGUCCCAGGUUGAGAUUCCCCAAGGAACAGAGGAACGCAGAGGGCUGGGAAGAGCUGUAGCUUCUGAGGAUUUAGGGUCUCUUUCUAUUUUUCUUCAAGAAAAGAAAAAAAUCCGUUGUUUGGGAUUCUUUUUUUUUUUUUUUUUUACUCAAAGGGUGAUUUUUAAGCAAAGCCCUUCUGGCUGCCAACACGCCACGUUAAGGCAGGAGGGGCAGCGGGUCUGCGUCAGCGGAGUUCAGCGACGGCGCUGAGCGGGCUGCAGCCCCGUGCCCAGACCCCAGCAUUAUCCUGCCGGGUGUCUCUGCUGCCGCUCUCGUUGUCCCCCACCUUGCUGGGAGAAGAUGCUCUGGGGGCUGCGGGAAUGGGGUGCUCAGCUCAGCUCCACCUUUGAGGGUUCAACUCACUGCGAGUCUCCCAACUGUUCCCGUGUGCGGGCGCGCGCCGGCAGCGUGCGGCCGUGUUGACACCGUCUCCGGCUGGGAGGAGCUGGGUGCUUGGAGUGGGGGUUUUCUAUGAACUCGAUCUGGCAGCAGCAAUGACAGGUCACUUCAAGGAGCUAAUAAAUAUUUUUUUGGAA